GUGCCGGCAGUUCUUCAAUGUCUUCCACUCGGCCGACCCUUUGGGCUACCGCCUGGAGGACAUUCUCCUGCGCACGGGUUGUGUCACACCCACGCCACUAGACACUACGGCCAGUGGGGAGACCCUGGGCAGUACCACCAGCUUUAAGCUACACCCCUCACAGCCCCAGCCGUUGAGUGUGGCUUCGUCUCGCUCGAGUGUACUGGACAGUCCCUGUGCUGAGGUUGUUGCGUAUGAGUUGCCGUUUGAUAUCCCGUUGUAUCGUCAGUUUCCGUAUGGGACGGAGGAUCCUGGCCCCGCCUACUGCUGUGAGAAGGAGAGUGGAGUGAUGACGGGCAAGGCAAAUGACGCGGCAUUGCAAUGG